AGCGGCUCAGCAGCAGCAGCAAAAACUCCCAACUUGAGUAUGGGUCUCUGGUUUUGCAUUUGGCCUGUAAUAACCGUUAGACUGUGUUUGUGGCAGUUGUAAGCAUUUGGACACCAAACUGUGACUUAUUUCUCCUGAAUAUUUGUGUCGUUGGCAAUUGAGCAGAAACAGCGAUAGCAGUGCUAUCAUCUUGUAUCGACUCAGUGAGUGAGUGACGAUGAGUAAUAAUCAUAAUAGCCACAACCUGCCUGGUUUGCCCCCAACUUUGCACGACGAGGACGAGGCUGUGGCGAUAGAAAAUGCUAUCAGGGCGGCUAUAAAGACUGUGAUGAACGUAAUCUGCAGCGCCUGCAACCGCAGAGUGCAGGAGUACCAGAGGAUGGUGGCUGACAGGGACAAGGAGAUCAGGAGACUGGAGUGCAAGUUGGAGAAAAGUGAAAAUGAGUUAAAGAUGUUGCGUGAAGUGGUAGACAGGAGGCAGCCUAAUGACCGAAUGGAAAACGAGCCUGAAGUCAAAUCCUGCGGUGUGGGUGCAACAACGCCCACACACCUUUCCCCGAAGUGCCAUGACACAGCCGAGGCCUUUCCCCACCAACAUGCCCAGACUGAAGCACCUUCAUGGGAAGGUGAUGGAACAGCAGGAUGCCAGCCCUUUGGAUGCAUCACCUCCCUGGUUAAAGAGGAACCCUCUGAUUUGGAGACGGUCAUUAAAUGGGAGGUGUGUGAGGGGAGUUUGCCAGACCAGCAGGAGGGUCAGCAUGGAGGUGAAUAUCAGCACAAAGAAAAACCUGCAAAAACAGACACGCAGGAGAGUGAGGCCAAAACUGCAAAUCCUCAAAUGAACAAACUGAUGACAACAGAAGAAGAAGAUGAACCCACUGCCCAUCUAAAAAGGAAAGGAGGGGAAAGAAACGGAUGUUACAUGCCUGAGAGUGAGGAAGAGCAGGUUGUUAUGAAGAAACCUUGUGUGACUCAGCCAUCUACACCUAAAAUAACUUCUCCAAAGGACUGUCAUAUCAGCUCACAACAGCCACAGAGGCAGAGCUCCAAUGGCUCCAUAACUUCAAACUUAAAUGCACAAGACCCGCUAGCAUGUCAGCAGCAGACCUACAUCACCAUGACAGCCCCACAACCUACAUGUGACCCAAUACUUCUAGAAGUCCUUGUCUCACUGGAGACCAUCAAACAGCAAAACACCACCAUUCUUCAGAUACUGCAGUCAGGAAAUUCCUCUGGAACGCUGCACUGUGAACCUCCAGAUGUUGGGACACUUCCCCUUCCUCUCCAGUCAGUGCAGGACUUAAGAAGCUUGGAGCAGAGGCUCUGCACUGAACCAGAGCUGAAGAAAAAAAUGAUCUCAUACCUCGGCCUUGCAGGAGGGAUGACAACCAAAGAGAGUGUGUGGAGGAUAAUGGCCAAGCUUUUUACCAACACUUUGGCCAAAAAUGUCAACUGGAGGGGAAGAAAUAACAAACAGAAGAUUGAGAACCUCACCAUCAAGAGAGUUAUCCUCAAUGCAGUCAGGCAGAAUUCGUUCUGCAAGGAUGCAGUGGAUGAGGAGAUAGAGAGAUACAUAAAGCGCUGGCUACAGCUGGCAGGAGACAGAGAUGGCGGACGAAAAAGAAGACAAGAAAAGGGCAAAGAAGCAAACAGCGUGCAAGAUUACUGUGUGGAUGAGAUGUUUACUAAUGUGAUAGAAUAGUAUGGAAUUUAACUGCAACACAUAUCACACAAUGAAUGUCUAUAUGACUGAAUUCACCUCCGUCAUCUCAUGUUUAAUUGUCAUAUAAUCUGUAAUAUUAGUAAUAACAGUACACAGACAGCUAACAAAGAAAACAGGCCAGAGCAGCUGGAUGUAGAUGCAUGCACACACACAAAACUCCACUUACUCUUCCCUUUUAUCAAUUCUGACUGUUAGACGUUAGGUACUGUAGGAACUGAUAGACACAAAAAACACUAAUAUGCACAGUUAUAACAUAAACAAACUGCAAGAGUAGCACUAUUAUCUGUUUUUCCAGACUUCAUUAGUUAUUGCACCUAUACUUUUAAAUUUAAUCAUAUUAUAAUAUUAGUUUACAAUUUUUAUAUCAAUUCUAUUUAUUUAUUUUUUACUGCAGAUACAGUUUUCAUUGUAUUCUUUGUUAGUAGACCUUAAUUAGCAUUGGUCAAAUGUUCAUAUGUGAAAUACUGUUCAAAAUAAAUCAAAGGGUGUACUGUUUAACUGGUGUUUGUUUUUGCAAUAUUCUCUUGCAGGAAAUGUAUUACACGGUAUACUGUUAAAGUGGUGAUUGCCAAUAAAAUCACAUAUUUGUGUUUUUUCUUUUUA